AUGAAUAAUAAAUUAACACCUCAAUUAAAAGUUAUGGGGCUGAAGGACACUUUCAAGUACAUCAACACGCUGGUGUCCUGCCUGGUGUUCGUGCUGGGCAUCAUCGGCAACUCCACCCUGCUGCGCAUCAUCUACAAGAACAAGUGCAUGAGGAACGGGCCCAACAUCCUGAUCGCCAGCCUGGCCCUGGGGGACCUGCUGCACAUCACCAUCGACAUCCCCAUCAACGUGUACAAGCUCCUUGCAGGAGACUGGCCGUUUGGAGUUGAAAUGUGUAAACUGGUACCCUUCAUUCAAAAGGCAUCAGUGGGCAUCACUGUGUUAAGUUUAUGUGCCCUCAGCAUUGAUAGGUAUCGAGCAGUUGCUUCCUGGAGCCGCAUCAAAGGUAUUGGGGUUCCAAAGUGGACUGCCGUCGAAAUUGUAUUGAUCUGGGUUAUAUCAGUAGUCUUAGCUGUUCCUGAAGCUAUAGGUUUUGAUAUACUUGUUAUGGAAUACAAAGGAAAGCAUCUUAGAAUCUGUAUGCUUCACCCCACACAAAAAACAUCCUUCAUGCGGCUUUACAAGACAGCUAAAGAUUGGUGGCUGUUUAGCUUUUAUUUUUGUUUACCCUUGGCCAUCACGGCAGUUUUUUAUACUCUGAUGACCUGUGAGAUGUUAAGAAAGAAAAGUGGAAUGCAGAUUGCUUUAAAUGACCACUUAAAACAGAGACGUGAAGUGGCCAAAACUGUGUUCUGUCUGGUGCUUGUCUUUGCCCUUUGUUGGCUCCCCCUUCACCUAAGUAGGAUUUUGAAGCUCACUGUAUAUGAUCAAAGAGACCCCAAUAGAUGUGAACUUUUGAGCUUUUUUCUUGUAUUGGACUACAUUGGCAUUAACAUGGCUUCGCUGAAUUCCUGCAUUAAUCCAAUAGCCCUGUAUUUGGUGAGCAAAAGAUUCAAAAACUGCUUUAAGUCAUGUUUGUGUUGCUGGUGCCAAUCCAAAGACAUGUUGUCCCUGGAGGAAAAACAAUCCUGCUUAAAGUUCAAAGCUGAUGAUCAUGGAUAUGAUAAUUUCCGUUCCAGUAAUAAGUACAGUUCUUCAUAAAAAGUUUAUCCUCUGAAAUUAAUUUCAGUGUCUUUGAGUCUGACUGACAAUUGCUGUUGUAGAUUAAGAGAGUAGAACUUUUGAAAAAUCUAGUUUUGUGUUUGCAUGAAUAAUAAAAAAUGGAUUGCCCACAGUUACAUAACAUUCAUAAUGAUGCAUGGUAUCAUUAGCCAUAUGCAACAUGAUGAUCAUCAGCAGAAACAACUAAUUAUUAAAGCACUUAAACUCUUUUGAGUCAACAAUCCCAGGUCAUCCUCACUUCCGUAAUAUCAGUCAUUAGUAUUCAUUAUAAGCGUCUUAGGACCUGGAGUCACAAUUAUUACUAAAUAGUAAACCAUAUAUUUUGUUGAGUGGAUCAGACAAAGUAAUAUUGUAUAUAACUCUAUGUAUUAUAUUUGUAAAGCAGAUUGUGUGUCAAAUUGUUUUUUUUAAUCAAAUCCAAAAUACUUCAUAGCACAGUUUAAACAACAAUAAAGUACUUUUAUCAGGAAUAUUACACUACUAGCCGAAAACAAUAUUAUAUGGAUACACUCAUGUUAAAAAUCACACUUCUAAGUAUUUUUACCUACUAUUGUUACAAGUAACAUUUAAGGUCACGGCAAAUUUUGUUCUCCCAUAUCAGUUUGUUUAGUAAUCGUCCAUUUCACUGUUUCUCUGGUUAUCUGAUAUAGUCUUUCAGAUAAGAGAGGAGAAAAACAUUUUAGAUGGUGGCAAAUUGGACUGCAGAAGCACAAAAAUUCUGGAUAGUAGUUGAAAUUAGUGCGUUUUUUUAAUUGAUUAGAUUUCAAGUUUACAGCAUCUGUUUUAAAUAAUGGACAUUCAAGUAAUUGACUGUAGCUUAGCCAAGUUUAUUUUUCUAGAGAUUACAAAUUAAAGUGAUUUCUCUUGGGAAAAAUCAGAAGCAAUCUAAACAAUAGUUGGAGAGGGUCCCUUAAUAUAGCAGAUAGUACAAAAUUUAGAAGAGGUAGACAGAGCAUUUUGGGUUCUAAUUGUACUUCUGCUAGAUCCUUAAGAAAAUAUUUACAACUGUACUUAAAAGGCUAGUAUGGGCUAGUACUACAUCAUACUGUCAUUCCUGAUAUUGUUAAGAAAAUGUUUUUCUUUCCAUGUGUUAAUAGCAUGUGUGAUUAGUUUUGACUUCUGUAAAUAUUUAGUGAAGCAUAAUUACAUGUAAGAUAUUAAAAUAUGGGCAGGACCCUAUACAAAUCUAGAGAGAUUAAGAUGCCUAUAAUAAACAUGAUGUGUAAUGCCAGGAGCACCUCACAUUUUGUGUAUACAUGGCACAAUAAUGCUUGUCUUGGUAACAUUUUAAUAUAAGCAACUCAGCUUAGUAAAAACAUCAUUCUUUGACUUUGUAUUUCCAAUUGAUGUCUUGAAGAUUCCCCAAAAACUUAUUAACACAUUUUAAGCAGUAAUUUGUGAGCUUUUCCUACAAGUAUAUACAGAAAACAUUUUAAGAAUGAGAAAUAAUCAUCAUAAUUUAGUAUUUGUCAAACUUGGGAAUUUUCUUACCUUCCAAAUUUCAAGUGAAUUCCUCAAUGUUCUUUCCUUCAGUAACCUUUACACUUUAUCCACUCAGGCUGUGUCUACAUUGGCAAGAUUUUGCGCAAAAAUUAGCGCAAAAGCAAUAUCUUUUGCGCAAAAACUUGCCGCCUGUCUACACCGGCCGCAAGUUCUUGCACAAGAACACUCGCGUUCUGAUGUAAGAAAUCAGUGCUUCUUGCGCAAGAAUUAUGAUGCUCUUGCUCAGGAAUGUUCUUGCGCAAAUGUUCUUGCGCAAGAGGCCAGUGUAGACAGGCAGCAUGAAUUUCUUGCACAAGAAAGACGAUGGCUAAAAUGGCCAGCGGAGCUUUCUUGUGCAAGAGAGUGUCUACACUGGCAUGGAUGCUUUUGCGCAGAAGCACAUGCCAGUGUAAACGCUCUCUUGCGCAAAUACUUAAACGCAAAAACUCUUGCGUUAAAAGUAUUUGCGCAAAAUCUUGCCAAUGUGGACAUAGCCAAAGUGCUUUAAAUAUUCUCAGGAUAAAAACAGUUUGAAUCAGAUCUUCAACUUGUGUAAAUUGGUGUUGCUCCAUUGGAAACUACUGGCAUUAUGCCUAUUUACACAAGCUGAGACUCUGGGAAAGUGGAGGGGUUCCAUCAUUAGUUUCAUCACCCUUUGCCCAUAAACCCAACUGCUAUAAACUUAAAGAAUGAAAUACAUGGGGUUUUUUUUUCCCUUUAAUUAGAAACACGAAAAGUCAUUCAAGCUAUAUUCUGUCAAUUCCUAAAGUAAAAAUAAUUCCUUUUCCUAUGCACAAUUCAGUAAUUUGACUAGUAUACCAUGUAAAUAUUAUGAAUGUUCAACACACUGUAUGUUCAACACACAUUUAUUUUAUCAAUUUUCACGUGCAAACGUGAAUUAAUGCACAUGAAAAACAAUUAUUUCUGUGAAAUGCAUUUCAUAUAUUAAAAACGGAUAACCAACUGAAUCCUAAAUUUGAUACUUGUCAGUGUUAUUUUCAUAAAGUUACAUCAUUACAGUUUUGUUCAUGUAUUUUUUUUAUUUCUGUUUGAAAUGUAACUGUUGUAUUCUACAACUACGUAGCAUGUUUUUUGUUUUUUCUGCACUAAUUAGUUCCUUUUAGGUAUUACAGACAAAGGGCAUGUGCGCUGCUUAAUUUUCAAAAAAUAAUAUAUACUUCAUGGAAAACUUUUAUUUUACUUCCAAUAUUUACAAAACAGUAUUUUUCCAGCAACUGUAUUUUUCCUUUAAUAAAAAAACUUGCUGAUUACAUAGGUUAAAAAAUACAAGGAGAAACACUAGAGAAAUCUAUGUUCUAGCCAAAAACCAAAGUAUGAAGGAUGGGAUUUGCAAGAGUGCUGAGUGUUGAGAUAUCAAUGAAAGUUUAACUAUUGGCUUCCGAAAGAACGGUUAGGCUACAAUCUUGGAGCUUUUAAAAUAUCCAUCUGAAAUUUGCUACCUGUCUUACCAUUCUUAAAUAAAUAGUAAAUGCAAAAUUUAUUUUCCAGGAUGAAGUGUUAUCUAGAAUAGUGAUGAGGUAAAGGGGAGUGAAAUUACCUCUGGUAUCAAGCUCUAGGCUAGUAGAUAUCUCAUGUAUUGUCUAUCAGCCAUAUGGGACACCUGUAUACCAAGGAAAAGGUUGUGCAUGCUAGCCUAAUAGCGACCCGGAGAAAGGAUCCCAGAUUCCUCAACCUGAUACCUUGUGCAAUGGCCACAGAGGGAGUUAAGACUCUAUUUCAAUUCUUAGGCUAAAUUAACAGCCUCAGAGGUGGCUACUAUGGAUGAUGGAUAAGCCACCUUUCAGGGAAGCUACCCCACCAGACCUGCCCCUUCUGCCCACAGCACAAACACACACGCACAUACAGCUGGAGCCCCAAAGCUGCCCUACUAUCCCACCAGACUGGCCAGAGAAGCCCUGCCCCAGCCACUUCAAGCCACCAGCUAGGCUGAGCCCCAGGCCACAAGCCAGCCCCAACACGGGGCCAAGCCACUGGCCUGAGCAUCAGCUGCUGGCAGGCCUGAGCUUCUGUCCACCAGCUGAAGUUGAAACCCAACCAGCUUAAUGAAAGAGGGGGAGAGGUGGGGCCUUCGGGGCAAAACAUGGGUAGGACCACGGCCUAGUAUGGGUAGGGAAGGCAUAACUUUCCCUGGCCUUUGAUACACACUGCUCAUGGGAGCUUUGUGCUUUGGCCAUCAGUGAGCAGUUGGAUUCACUUUUCUCAUCACUGCACUCCACACGCAGGGCCUUGUGUGAGUGAAGUGGGUUUCAUACUGGGUGCAGUGCACUGAUACACUGGUACUGCAUUUAGGAAAAGUCGAAUGCAAAUACAGUGUUAGUGCUCAUUGUAUUGCUGUUGGUAUUUCACUGUCCCACACAACUUUUAAUAGACAUGGGCUGGCUAUACCAAGACACAGAUGGAAUGUUGUGUGUGUGCCUAUAUGAAAAUGUAAAAAUCUUUUUUGUACUUUUUGUACUUUAUUACUGUGUAUAACCAUGUAAAAUAAUUACAUUUUGCUUUCGGUUGUCACUAAACAUAGCAACAUUUGUGAUUGCCAUAGUGUAAACAAUCUUAAUUACCAAUAAAAUAUUUUAAUUGCUUCAUUGAUGUUCUUUGAUCUUUCCUUCUCUACAAACACUCACUUAUUAAACUGUUUUUCAAUGACACUGAUGUUAAAAAUCUGUGAUUUGUAAGAAAGAGUGAGGUUGUUCCACUAAAUGAAGGAUGGAAAUGGUUAAGACUUGAGUAUAUGCUGCAAAGCUUUCUAAUGUUUAUCUGAAAAUCAAUCAUGCCUGUUGUAUUCCGUGUAUUAUUUCUUUUUAAUAAAAAAUGUCAAUUGCA